AUGGGUGCCAUUCAGCCUGACAGAUGGAGGUUAUUUAUGGGCAGAGAAGAUCCCAAGAGGGAGGAAGCUGGUUCUGGCGACUCGGGAAGAGUCAAGAAGAUGGAGAGCUUUGGACACGGCAAUUCCUUGGCACAGCUGAACUUUUACAAUCUCUCUCAAGCAGGAGCAGCACACACAGUGAGGAAGAGAAUCCCGAGCAUCGACGUGGCGGAUGCGAACUUAGCGAACCAGUUCACGCAAGGCGAACUACGAAAGCUCAAAUCGCAGUUCGACGGCGCGUCUCCUUCGCCCGGAACCCCCCUGACGCCGGCCAGCAUACGGGCGAAUUCCGUCCGUCUGGGUUUCUCGACGCCGCUGAGCGAACCCGAUGCUGAUCGCGUGAUUGCGGAAUUCGGGAGCAAGGACAAGGGCGUGCUUACGUUCGAAGGGUACCUUCGCCUCCAAGCGGACAUAGACAAGGGCACGUCAUACUUCUCCCCGCUCAGCAAGCCUCGCAAUUCUGCAGCCAAGGAUUUUAUGCGCUCGCCAGUCACGUCUACAGUGCACGUCAUUAACGAAUCCGAGAAACGCGCGUAUAUCGAGCAUAUCAAUGCGAACAUGGCGGAGGAUCAGCAUGUCGCGGCGCUGCUGCCGAUUGCGCCCGAGGGGGGGGACCUGCUGGAUAAAGUGCAGUCAGGCGUUUUGCUUUGCAAGCUGGUGAACCUGGCAGCGCCUGGAACCAUAGACGAACGCGCCAUUAACAGCAAGGCGCAGCUGAACGCGUGGCAGCGCAGCGAGAACCACACUCUCGCGCUCAACUCGGCGCGCGCGCUGGGGUGCCAGGUGGUCAAUAUCAGCGGACAGGACAUUGCAGAGCGCCGGGAACACUUGCUCUUGGGCCUCAUCGCACAAAUCAUCAAGGUGCAUCUGCUGUCAUUCGUCAGCGUGUCUGCUGCCCCUGAGCUCAUCGAAGAAUUGGAGAAAGAGUCAGGGGAAGACGUGCGGCACGAGUCGAGCGAGCAGCUGCUGCUGCGGUGGAUGAACAUGCACCUAAAGAAAGCCAACUACCACAAGGAAGUGUCCAAUUUCAGCCAUGAUAUCAAAGACGGCGAGGCGUAUACCCUCCUGCUGAACCAGCUGUCGCCAGACAUGUGUGAUUUGUCGCCGAUGCAGUAUCAGCCGGGUUUGGAGCGGGCGCAGCAGGUGCUGAAGCAGGCGGAUAGGAUAGGGUGCUGCAAGUACGUGCAGGGUCAGGAUAUCGUGGAUGGCAGCACGAAUCUCAACCUCGCAUUUGUUGCCAACCUCUUCCACAUGAGGCACACACUCAAGGCACAGGAGGAGGCGAAUGCAGCGGACGACAAAUCGGGGGUUGAGAACGCAGAAGCAGCAGCUGCAGCUGCAGCAGGGGCAGGUGCGGUGCGGUUGGGAGUGGUGCAGCAGGCAGAGCUGGAGGUGGAUCGCAGUCUGGACAGUGACGAGGAGCGCGUGUACCGCUUCUGGAUCAACAGCGUGGGUGUUUCAACUCCUGUCUGCGAUCUCUUCCGGGACGUGCGCGACGGCAUUGUUCUUCUGGAGGUUAUGGAUAAGAUCCGCCCAGGGUGUGUGGAGUGGAAAACAGUCGCACGCCCCUCAGGCGGGCAGCAGCACUUGCGGGCAGUGUACAAAAAAAUCGAGAACUGCGAGCAGGCGCUGCGGGUCGGGCGGCAGCUGAAGCUGAACCUGGUCGGCACGGGUGGCAACGAUAUCGUAUCGGGGAACCGGAAGCUGAUUCUAGGGUUUCUAUGGCAGCUGAUGCAUCUGCACAUGGUGUCGCUGCUGCAGCACCUGAGGCACAACCAUGAGCUGAGCGAUGGGGAUAUUCUGCAGUGGGCGAAUGAGCGGGUGGAGAAGGCUAAGCGCUCAUCCCGAAUGCAGAGCUUCAAGGAUCCGAGGCUGUCGUCAGGGCUGUUCUUCCUGGACCUCAUGUUUGCAGUGGAGCCACGAGUGAUCAACUGGGAAAUUGUCACCCACGGCGCCAAUGUUCUCCCCAUCGUUUCCUUCCACCCGACGUUCUUUUCCCCAUCACCAAUGUCCAACCCCUUCGUUCUGCUCUCCCCAUCCCCUCCCUGCGCCCUUGCAGAGGAGGAGAAGCUGCAGAACGCGCACUAUGUGAUCAGCGUGGCCAGGAAGCUGGGGUGCUCCGUGUUCCUGGUACCCAACGACAUUGUCAAGGUGCGUGCGGAGCAGUCAAGCGAGAGUCUCUGA